GCUGGGAGCAUGGCCUAGGGGUGGCGGCUGCAGAGUUUUCAGGGGCCCGUGGAGACACCUGCAGACCCGCUGUGCAGGAGAAGAUGAUCUGUAUCAGACUCGCGAGACUCGCAAGGGUGCUGCUGGCCUGGGCCCUCACCUUGCCAGGGACCCUCUGCACAGAGAGGACUGGGUACCGGCCGACGAUGGCCCGAUGCAGCUUCUUUGGACGUGACUUUGUCAACACUUUUGAUGAGACCAUGUAUAGCUUUGCGGGAGACUGCAGCUACCUGCUGGCCGGGGACUGCCAGGAACGCUCCUUCUCCAUCCUCGGGAACUUUCAAAAUGGCAACAGAGUGAGCCUCUCUGUGUAUCUCGGGGAAUUUUUUGACAUCCAUUUGUUCGUCAAUGGUACGGCCAUGCAGGGGGCCCAAAGGGUCUCCAUGCCCUAUGCCUCCCAAGGGCUGUAUCUGGAAACGGAGGCUGGGUACCACAAGCUGUCCAGCGAGGCCUACGGCUUUGUGGCCAGGAUUGAUGGCGGCGGCAGCUUUGAAGUCCUGCUGUCUGACAGACACUCGAACAGGACCUGCGGGCUGUGCGGCAACUUCAACAUCUUUGCUGAAGAUGACUUUAGGACCCAAGAGGGGACCUUGACCUCAGACCCCUACGACUUCGCCAACUCCUGGGCCCUGAGCAGUGGGGAACGGCGCUGCCCGCGGGUGUCCCCUCCCAACGUCCCGUGCAACAGCUCUUCCGGGGAACUGCAGACGGCCCUGUGGGAGCAAUGCCAGCUACUGAAGAGCACCUCCGUGUUCGCCCGCUGCCACCCGCUGGUGGAUCCUGAGCCCUUCGUGGCCCUGUGUGAGAGGACCUCGUGCACCUGCAUCCAGGGGCCAGUGUGCGCGUGCCCUGCCCUCCUAGAGUACGCCCGUGCCUGUGCCCAGGAGGGCCUGGUGCUGUAUGGAUGGACUGACCACAGCACGUGCCGCCCGGCCUGCCCUGCUGGCAUGGAGUAUAAGGAGUGUGUGUCCCCUUGCACCAGAACCUGCCAGAGCCUGCACAUCGAGGAAGUGUGUCCCGAGCAAUGCGUGGACGGCUGCAGCUGCCCUGAGGGACAGCUACUGGACGGAGACCGCUGCGUGGAGCGCGCUGAGUGUCCCUGUGUGCAUUCCGGGGAGCGAUACCCUCCUGGCGCCUCCCUCUCUCGAGACUGCAACACCUGCAUCUGCCGCAACAGUCAGUGGGUCUGCAGCAACGAAGAAUGCCCAGGGGAGUGUUUCGUCACGGGCCAAUCCCACUUCAAGAGCUUCGACAACAGAUACUUCACCUUCAGCGGGGUCUGCCAGUACCUGCUGGCCAGGGACUGCUGGGACGACUCCUUCUCCAUCGUCAUAGAGACGGUGCAGUGCGCCGAGGACCCCAGCGCCGUCUGCACCCGCUCCGUCACCGCGCGCCUGCCGGGGCUGCCCGGCCGCCUCGUGAAGCUGAAACAUGGAGGCAGCGUCGCCAUGGAUGGCCAGGACAUCCAGGUCCCCUUCCUGCAAGGUGACUUCCGGGUCGAGCACACGGUGAUGGGCUCUGUGCGCCUCAGCUCCGGUGAGGACCUGCAGAUGGAGUGGGACGGCCGCGGCAGGCUGCUGCUGAAGCUGUCCACAGUCUACGCCGGGAGGACAUGCGGCCUGUGCGGGAAUUUCAACGGGAACCGGGGCGACGACUUCCUGUCCCCCGCGGGGCUGGUGGAGGCCCUGGUCGAGGACUUCGGCAACGCCUGGAAGCUGCGCGGGGACUGCCCGGACCUGCGGCAGCUGCUCGGCGACCCUUGCAGCCUCAACCCGCGCCAGGCCAGGUUCGCGGAGGAAGCAUGCGCUCUCCUGACGUCCUCCAAGUUCGAGGCCUGCCACCGGGCCGUCAGCCCGCUGCCCUUCCUGCAGAACUGUCGCUACGACGUGUGUUCCUGCCCCGACGGCCGCGAGUGCCUGUGCAGCGCCGUGGCCAGCUACGCCGCCGCCUGCGCUGGGAGAGGCGUGCACAUCGCCUGGCGCGAGCCCAGCUUCUGCGCGCUGAGCUGCCCACCGGGCCAGGUGUACCUGCAGUGCGGCACGCCCUGCAACCUGACCUGCCGCUCCCUCUCCUACCCGGAUGAGGAGUGUGCCGAGGGCUGCCUUGAAGGCUGCUUCUGCCCCCCGGGGCUGUACCAGGACGAGAGAGGCCAGUGCGUGCCCAAGGCCCAGUGCCCCUGUUCCUAUGACGGCGAGAUCUUCCAGCCCCAAGAUGUCUUCUCAGACCAUCACACCAUGUGCUACUGUGAGGACGGCUUCAUGCACUGCACCUCCAGCGGAGCCCCGGGGAGCCUGCUGCCCGACAUGGCCCUGCCUCACCGCAGCAAACGGAGCCUGUCCUGCCGGCCCCCCAUGGUCAAGUUCGUGUGUCCCCCUGACAACCCGCGCGCCGAGGGCCUGGAGUGUGCCAAGACGUGCCAGAACUACGACUUGGAGUGCGUGAGCGCCGGCUGCGUCUCCGGCUGCCUCUGCCCCCCGGGCAUGGUCCGGCAUGAGAACAAGUGUGUGGCCCUGGAGAGAUGUCCCUGCUUCCACCAGGGCAGAGAGUACGCCCCCGGAGAGACAGUGAAGAUGGACUGCAACACGUGCGUCUGUCGGGACCGGAAGUGGAACUGCACAGCCCACCUGUGCGACGCCACGUGCUCCACGAUCGGCAUGGCUCACUACCUCACCUUUGACGGGCUCAAGUACUUGUUCCCCGGGGAGUGCCAGUACGUCCUCGCACAGGAUUACUGUGGCGGCAACACUGGCACCUUUCGGAUCCUGGUGGGGAAUGAGGGGUGUGGCUACCCGUCGGUGACGUGCAGGAAGCGGGUCACCAUCCUGGUGGAAGGAGGGGAGAUUGAGCUGUUUGACGGGGAGGUGAAUGUGAAGAGGCCGCUGAAGGAGGUCACGCACUUUGAGGUGGUGGAAUCCGGCCGCUACGUGUUCCUGCUGCUGGGUGGAGCCCUCUCUGUGGUGUGGGACCGCCGCCUGGGAGUCUCUGUGGUCCUGAAGCAGACCUACCAGGAUCAAGUGUGUGGCCUGUGUGGGAAUUUCGAUGGCGUCCAGAACAAUGACUUCACCAGUAGCAACCUCCAAGUGGAGGAUGAUCCCGUGGACUUCGGGAACUCCUGGAAAGUGAACUCGCAGUGUGCGGACACCACAAAAGUGCUGCUGGACUUGUCGCCUGUCACCUGCCGCGACAAUGUCGUGAAGCAGACGCUGGUGGAUUCCUCCUGCAGGAUUCUUACUAGUCACAUCUUCCAGGACUGCAACAAGCUGGUGGACCCUGAGCCAUACCUGGACAUCUGCAUUUAUGACACCUGCUCCUGUGAGUCUAUUGGGGACUGUGUCUGCUUCUGUGACACCAUUGCUGCCUACGCCCAGGUGUGUGCCCAGCACGGGAAUGUGGUGAACUGGAGGACCGCCACGUUGUGCCCCCAGAGCUGCGAGGAGAGGAAUGUCCGGGAGAGUGGGUAUGAGUGUGAGUGGCGCUACAACAGCUGUGCACCUGCCUGCCCUGUCACGUGCCAGCACCCGGAGCCUCUGGCCUGUCCUGUGCAGUGUGUGGAGGGCUGCCACGCGUACUGCCCUCCAGGGAAGAUCCUGGAUGAGCUGCUGCAGACCUGCAUCGACCCCCAGGACUGCCCCGUGUGUGAGGUGGCCGGCCGGCGCCUGGCCUCGGGAAAGAAAGUCACCUUGAACCCUGGUGACCCUGCGCACUGUCAGAUUUGUCACUGUGAGGGGGUCAACCUCACCUGCAAAGCCUGCCAGGAACCGGGAGGCAUGGUGGUGCCCCCUACAGAUGCCCCAGCCAGGCCCACCACCCCGUAUGUGGAGGACACCCCCGAGCCGCCCCUGCACGACUUCUACUGCAGCAAGCUGCUGGACCUGGUCUUCCUGCUGGACGGCUCGGCCCAGCUGUCAGAGGCGGAGUUCGGGGUGCUGAAGGCCUUUGUGGUGAGCGUGAUGGAGCGGCUGCACAUCUCGCAGAAGCGCAUCCGCGUGGCCGUGGUGGAGUACCACGACGGCUCCCACUCCUACAUCAGCCUCAGGGACCGCAAGCGGCCCUCCGAGCUGCGCCGCAUCGCCAGCCAGGUGAAGUACGCGGGCGGCCCGGUGGCCUCGACCAGCGAGGUCUUGAAGUACACGCUCUUCCAGAUCUUCAGCAAGGUGGACCGGCCCGAAGCCUCCCGCAUUGUCCUGCUCCUGUCUGCCAGCCAGGAGACCCCGCGCAUGGUCCGCAACUUGGUCCGCUACGCCCAGGGCCUGAAGAAGAAGAAGGUCGUUGUGAUCCCGGUGGGCAUUGGGCCGCAUGUCAGCGUCAGGCAGAUCCACCUCAUUGAGAAGCAGGCCCCCGAGAACAAGGCCUUCGUGCUGAGCGGUGUGGAUGAGCUGGAGCAGCGGAGGGAUGAGAUUAUCAGCUACCUCUGCGAGCUGGCCCCCGAGGCCCCUGCUCCUACUCAGCGCCCGCCCACGGCCCGGGUCACCGUGAGCCCAGGGCAGUUGGGGGUCUCACCCCAGGGCCCCAAGCGGCGCUCCAUGGUUCUGGAUGUGGUGUUUGUCCUGGAAGGGUCAGACGAAGUCGGGGAGGCCAACUUCAACAAGAGCAGGGCGUUCGUGGAGGAGGUGAUCCGGCGCAUGGACGUGGGCCCCGGCAGCAUCCACGUCACGGUGCUGCAGUACUCAUACGUGGUGACCGUGGAGUACACCUUCAGCGAGCCCCAGUCCAAGGACGACAUCCUGCGACACGUGCGAGAGAUCCGCUACCAGGGCGGCAACAGGACCAACACGGGGCUGGCCCUGCAGUACCUCUCCGAGCACAGCUUCACCACCAGCCAGGGCGACCGGGAGCAGGCCCCGAACCUGGUCUACAUGGUCACAGGAAACCCCGCCUCUGACGAGAUCAAGCGACUGCCUGGCGACAUCCAGCUGGUGCCCAUCGGAGUGGGCCCGCAUGCCGACGUGCAGGAGCUGGAGAGGAUCGGCUGGCCCAACGCCCCCAUCCUCAUCCAGGACUUCGAGAAGCUCCCCCGAGAGGCUCCUGACCUGGUGCUGCAGAGGUGCUGCUCCGGGGCGGGGCUGCAGCUCCCCACCCUCUCCCCCGCCCCUGACUGCGGCCAGCCCCUGGAUGUGGUCCUUCUGCUGGACGGCUCCUCCGGCUCGCCGGCUUCUUACUUUGAUGAGAUGAAGAGUUUUGCCAAGGCUUUCAUCUCCAAGGCCAAUCUGGGGCCUCACCUCACUCAGGUGUCCGUGCUGCAGUACGGAAGCAUCACCACGGUCGACGUGCCGUGGACCGCGGCCCAGGAGAAAGCCAACUUACUGAGCCUCGUGGACCCCAUGCAGCGCGAGGGUGGCCCCAGCCAAAUCGGGCACGCGCUGGGCUUUGCGGUGCGGUACCUCACUUCGCAAGUGCACGGAGUGAGACCUGCAGCCUCCAAGGUGGUGGUCAUCCUGGUCACCGAUGUCUCCAUGGACUCAGUGGAUGAAGCCGCGGCUGCCGCCAGAUCCAACCGAGUGGCAGUGUUCCCCAUCGUGAUUGGGGAUCGGUAUGACGAGGCCCAGCUGAGGACCUUGGCAGGCCCAGAGGGCGGCUCCAAUGUGGUGAAGCUCCAGCGCAUCGAAGACCUCCCCACCAUGGUCACCCUGGGCAAUUCUUUCUUCCACAAACUUUGCUCUGGGUUCCCUAGAGUUUGUGUGGAUGAGGAUGGGAAUGAGAAGAGGCCCGGCGAUGUGUGGACCUUGCCAGAUCAGUGCCACACAGUGACUUGCCUGCCAGAUGGCCAGACCUUGCUGAAGAGUCAUCGGGUCAACUGUGACCGGGGCCCCAAGCCUUCGUGCCCCAACAGCCAGUUCCCUGUUCGGGUGGAGGAGACCUGUGGCUGCCGCUGGACCUGUCCCUGUAUGUGCAUGGGCAGCUCCACCCGUCACAUCGUGACCUUCCACGGGCAGAAUUUCAAGCUGACCGGCAGCUGCUCCUACGUCCUGUUCCAAAACCAGGAGCAGGACCUGGAGGUGAUUCUCCGGAACGGUGCCUGCAGCCCCGGGAAGACGCAGACCUGCGUGAAAUCCAUUGAGGUGAAGCAUGGAGGCCUUGUGAUCGAGCUCCACAGUGACAUGGAGGUGACGGUGAACGGAAGACUGGUCCCCAUACCGUAUGUGCGGGAAAACGUGGAGGUCAGCGUCUACGGCGCCAUCAUGCAUGAAGUGAGAUUCCCCCGUCUCGGCCACAUCUUUGCAUUCACUCCACAAAACAAUGAGUUCCAGCUGCAGCUCAGCCCCAAGUCCUCUGCCUCCAAGACGUAUGGUCUCUGCGGGGUCUGUGAUGAGAAUGGGGCCAGUGACUUCGUGCUGAGGGAUGGCACAGCCACCAGGGACCCGCAGAGGCUUAUCCAGGACUGGACCGUGCACCAGCCAGGGCAGACGUGCCAGCCCAUUCCCGAGGAGCAGUGUCCGGUCUCCGACAGCUCCCGCUGCCAGGUCCUCCUCUCGGCGCUGUUUGCUGAGUGCCACAAAGUCCUUGAUCCGGCCACGUUCUACGCCAUCUGCCAGCAGGACAGUUGCAACCAGGAGCAAGUGUGCGAGGUGAUUGCCUCGUACGCCCACCUCUGUCGGACCAACGGGGUCUGUGUUGACUGGAGGACAGCUGGCUUUUGCGCUAUGUCCUGCCCAGGCUCGCUGGUGUACAAGCACUGUGAGCACGGCUGCCCGAGGCACUGCGAUGGCAACGUGAGCUCCUGUGGGGACCACCCCGUGGAAGGCUGCUUCUGCCCCCCGCACCAGCUCGUGCUGGAAGGCACCUGCGUCCCGGAGGAGGCCUGCACUCAGUGCAUUGGGGAGGACGGAGUCCGGCACCAGUUCCUGGAGACCUGGGUCCUGGACCAUCAGCCCUGCCAGAUCUGCACAUGCCUCAGCGGGAGGAAGGUCAACUGCACGUCGCAGCCCUGCCCCACGGCCACAGCUCCCACAUGUGGCCCAUGUGAAGUGGCCCGGCUCCAGCAGAAUGCACACCAGUGCUGUCCGGAGUACGUGUGUGUGUGUGACCCCGUGAACUGCGACCUGCCUCCGGUGCCUCCCUGCGAAGAUGGACUGCAGCCGACGCUGACUAAUCCAGGCGAAUGCAGACCCAAUUUCACCUGUGCCUGCAGGAAGGAGGAGUGUGCAAGGAAGGCCCCGCCCACCUGUCCCCCACACCGAGCGCCAGCACUGCACAAGACCCUGUGCUGUGAUGAGUACGAGUGUGUUUGCAACUGUGCCAACUCCACGGUGAGCUGUCCGCUUGGGUACCUGGCCUCGACCACCACCAACGACUGUGGCUGCACCACGACCACCUGCCUCCCUGAUAAGGUGUGUGUGCACCGAGGCACCAUCUACCCCGUGGGCCAGUUCUGGGAGGAGGGCUGUGACAUGUGUACCUGCACCGACAUGGAGGAUACGGUGAUGGGCCUGCGUGUGGCCCAGUGCGCUCGGAAGCCCUGUGAAGACAGCUGUCAGACGGGCUUCACCUAUGUGCUCCACGAAGGAGAGUGCUGUGGCCGAUGCCUGCCAUCUGCCUGUGAGGUGACGGCCGGCUGGCGGCGGGGAGACUUGCCGCGAGGAGACUCCCUGUCUUCCUGGAAGAGCGUUGGGUCUCGCUGGGCCUCCCCCGAGGACCCCUGCCUCAUCAACGAGUGUGUCCGAGUGAAGGAGGAGGUGUUUGUGCAACAGCAGAACGUCUCCUGCCCCCAGCUGAACAUCCCCACCUGCCCUGUGGGCUUCCAGCUGAGCUGUAAGACGGCCGAGUGCUGUCCCAGCUGUCACUGCGAGCCCGUGCAGGCCUGCGUGCUCAACGGCACCAUCAUCGAGCCCGGGAAGAGUGUGAUGAUUGAUGUGUGCACCACCUGCCGCUGCACCAUGCAGCUGGGGCCUGUGAAUGGGUUCAAGCUGGAGUGCAGGAAGACCACCUGCGAGGCCUGCCCCCUGGGUUACAAGGAAGAAAAGAACCAAGGUGAAUGCUGUGGGAGAUGUUUGCCUAUGGGCUGCACCAUUCAGCUUCGAGGAGGACAGAUCAUGACACUGAAGCGUGAUGAGACACUGCAGGACGGCUGUGACAGUCACUUCUGCAAGGUCAAUGAAAGAGGAGAGUACAUCUGGGAGAAGAGGGUCACGGGCUGCCCACCCUUUGAUGAGCACAAGUGUCUGGCGGAAGGAGGGACAGUCAAGAAAAUUCCAGGCACCUGCUGUGACACAUGCGAGGAGCGUGACUGCAAGGACAUCGUCGCCAGGCUGCAGUUUGUCAAAGUGGGAGACUGUAAGUCCCGAGAGGAAGUGGACAUUCAUUACUGCCAGGGCAAGUGUGCCAGCAAAGCCGUGUACUCCAUCGACACUGAGGAAGUGCAGGACCAGUGCUCCUGCUGCUCGCCGACGCGGACAGAGCCCAUGCGGGUGCCCCUGUACUGCACCAAUGGUUCCCUUGUGUAUCAUGUGGUCCUCAACGCCAUGCAGUGCAGGUGCUCUCCCCGGAAGUGCAGCAAGUGAGGCCUGCUGCAGCUGCAGGGGAUGCCUGCUGUUGCCCGCCUGUGCCCGACCAGCCGGAGCGUUGCUAACCUCUGCACAUCCUGCUCUGGUGCCCUCCUGGGCC